AUGAACAAUAAACUAAUCUUGACAUUUCCUACUUUCUAUUUGACAAAUAAGUUUACAAGAGUAAUUUUUAAUGAGCAAAAGUUUUUUAUACCUAGUUGUUGUUUUAUUAUGAAUGACGAAAUGAAGAAUAAUGUUAAAGAAACAAGAGAAUUAUAUUCCAUGAUACAUCAAGAAUAUGUAAUUAUGGCAGAAUAUCGUAUGUUGCAAACGGAGAAUCUACAAGGAAUAUAUGUAAUUCCUUCUUAUGAAAAUUCAUUUGUGUGGUUUGGAGUUAUUUUUGUAAGAGCGGGAUUUUACGAAGGGGGUGUUUUUAGAUUCACAUUAACAUUACCAGAAAAGUUUCCAGAUGAGGAAGUUCCUAUUUUGACAUUUACUUCAAGCUUAUAUCACCCAGCAGUUGAUGCUCAUACGGGUGUUCUGAAUUUGAAUGAAGUUUUUCCACAAUGGGACAGAAAACAGAAUCACUUAUGGCAAAUUCUUAAAUAUGUGUAUUCAAUAUUUCAUAACUUAAAUGUUAAAGCACCUGCAAAUGUUGAAGCCUCAGUUGCUUACAAAAGUAAUAAGAAAAUGUUUUUGGAAAAAGUAAGAGAAUGUGUUGUUUUAAGUAUAGACCAUGUUUAUGAUGAUCCUCCUACAGAAGAUAAGCAUUACAUAACAUUUAAGCCAUAUGACCCAGAUGUUCAUGAUACAGUCAAAAACGUAAUGUUGAAAACUCCUGUAUCAAAUGAUGCUAUAAACCAAGGAAUUUCGUGGGUACAACCAGGGUCAUUUCAAGCCUUUUCUAAAGAAGAAACAACAUAGCUAACAAAAUAUAUUUAUUCAUAUCAUUAUAUAUUUACAAAAAUGUUUACCUAUUAGGCUUGCAACAAAUAUUUGGUUACUAUUCGGAAAAUUCUGCUACUUUUACUGUAUCUGGAAUUAUUGUAAGUAUUAUUGGGCUGAUCACCAAAUACUUCAGUUAUGUUUCGUAAUAGUGAGAUAAUGGGUAAAAUAAAAAAUUCUUAAACUAAAUCUAAAAAUUACUGUAUUUUUACAAAGUAGAAAUGCACAGUAAACAAUCAUUAGACAAAAGUAUUCAACCUGGUUUAUACACUAAAACUUGUGUAAAUGGGACUGUUUCCUGCUUGGUUACAGCGAGUGUGGAUUGUAAAUUAAAAGAAACAGGAACAAAACAACUACAUUUGUACAAGUUUGAGCAAAUCAAAUCCAACCAAAUAUUUUAGCAUAAUAUUAUUAUAAGCCUAUUCAGUUAUGGGGCACGCCGAAUAUUCGGUAUUAGGCAUAUACUACUGGAUAUGGGUGCUAUUUGUUGCAAGCCUUGUUUAUAUACAAACAAAUGUUAAUUCAAAUAAGCCAUUAUUGACAUCCUGUGAUAAUAUCUGUAUUGUUCAAUUAAUUUAACCACCUAAUAAAUUAUUAUGUUGAGUGAUUUUUGUGUUUACUUCCACAAAAAGACAAUAAACCUUUUUGGAAUUAUAUAACUAAAAUUAACAACAAC